AUUCAAAAUGGACGCCUACGAUCAGUGUGUAAUCUGUCAAAACGUGUAAUUGUCAGACGUGACUUGUAUAGAAUAAUUAUUUCGCGAAUCACAUCGAUUACAAUAUUCUUUCAAAAAAAUGUCGGCUAUGUUGACUGCCGAUUGGUUUCCUCUAGGACGAGAUAUAUACUUUCGCAAAUUUGAGCUGUAUCCGAUAUCCUUCCAGCAGGAAGUUUCCUUUAACAAUUUACUUGUGGCAGCUCCUUAUGGAGGUUCUAUCGCUGUAACGAGAAAUCCCAAGAAACUUGUCAAAGUUCAAGGAGCUAAUAAGCCCUUAAUAUUGUUAUAUACAUCAUCAGGAAAAUUGACAGCCAGAUUGCAAUGGAGCAGUGGACAAUUGAUAUCAUUUGGCUGGUCUCAACAGGAAGAAUUGUUAUGCGUACAAGAUGAUGGCAUGGUUCUGAUAUAUGACAUGUUUGGAACUUAUCAACAUACUUUUAGUAUGGGAAAAGAUGUAGCUAAGGAUACUAAAGUUAUUGACGCAAAGUUCUUUGCGACAUCCAACAGCACUGGGAUAGCUGUUUUAACAUCUACUAAUCGCAUAUUUCUAGUAAACAAUGUAUCCGAGCCUAAAGUCCGACCAGUUACCGAUAUGCCAAGAUAUGGUGGACCAAUUGAUUGUUGGUGCGUGAUACAUUAUGAUAGGGAGACAGAGGUGAUUUUGUCAAAUAGAGAAGGAAUCGUUGUAAUUCAUCAGUCCCACCAAAACACAUUUCCAUUUAACAAUCUCUUCAGCAAUAAAAUCAAUAAUGUGAUAGCAAUGGCUGUAUCUGGCAAUUAUCGGCACAUUGCACUCUAUGCUGACACUGGACAUUUAUAUAUUGGUUCAAUAGACUUUAGAGAGAAAUAUUGUGAAUGCUAUACAAAUAUGAAGGAACCUUUGGCAAAUAUAGCCUGGUGUGGUACGGAAGCCGUGGUAUGCAGCUGGAACAGUGCAAUAAUGGUAGUAGGACGUACAGCUGAGAAUAUAGUGUACAAUUACGAUGGUCCGGUACACUUGAUUACAGAAAUUGAUGGAGUACGUGUACUUUCGAGUUGCUCCCACGAAAUGAUACAGAAAGUACCGAAUGUCGUGCAAAGAAUAUUUAGAAUCAACUCUACGGAUCCUGCAUCGUAUCUCUUAGAGGCUUCUAAGCAGUUUCAGAAAAAGAGUCAUAAAGCUGACAGUUAUAUAGAUCUAGUGAAAGAUAAAUUGGAUUCGGCGAUAAAGGCUUGCAUCGAUGGAGCGAGUCAUGAAUUCGAUUUUGAAACGCAAAAGAUUUUGAUGCGUGCUGCCAAGUUUGGAAAAGGAUUCAGCAAAAGAAUGGAUUCUGAAUAUUACGUUCAAAUGUGCAGGAUUUUGAGAGUUUUGAACGCAGUAAGACAUCCUGCUGUGGGCAUUCCACUAACAUAUACACAAUUUAAUGUUCUUACAAAUCAAGUGCUACUGGACAGAUUAGUAGUUCGAAGACAUUAUUACUUAGGUAUACAAAUAGCACGCCAUUUACAAUUACCUGAAAUUGAUGGGGAAAGUAGAAUAUUGGCACAUUGGGCUUGCUACAAGGUAAAACAAACGCAAUUAGAUAAAGAACAAAUAGCAGAGGAGAUAGCUGAUAAAUUAGGAUAUGCUCCUGGUGUUUCAUACAGCGAAAUUGCGAAAAGGGCAGCUGAUUGUGGGCGAAAACAAUUGGCUAUUAAAUUAAUCGACUAUGAACCGCGUGCGCAUCAGCAAGUACCCCUGCUGUUGACGCUUGGCGAAGAGCGAGCCGCUCUGCAUAAAGCUGUAGAGAGUGGUAAUACGGAUUUAGUCUACACUGUCAUUCUUCAUCUCAGAGAAAAUAUGACUCUCGGGGAUUUUCAAAUGUCUAUAAUGCAUUGUCCUUUGGCAAUGGCAUUAUAUAUUAAAUAUUGUCAAAGUCAUAAUAGAGAGACAUUACGCGAUAUUUAUAAUCAAUAUGAUGACUUUCAUUCACAAGCAGUGUGGUUUAUCACUGAGAGUUAUCAACGAAAAAACACCAUGUCGAAAGAUGCAUUGCUACAAUCUGCACAAGAAAAUUUUAGAUUGGCUCGUAAUGAUACAAAUGCUUCAUUAACAGAAGAACAGAUAAAGCUCUUAAAAUAUCAGAGAUCUUUAGAGGAUACGCUACACGAGUCAGUCGUUGGAAAGCCUCUACAUGAUACUGUAAAAAUAUUAUUAUUGCGUAAUGAGUUGAAAUUAGCGGAUAAAUUACGGUCCGAAUAUAAAAUACCAGAUCGGAGAUAUUGGUGGUUAAAGAUACAAUGUUUAGCAGAACAAGGUCUAUGGAAUGAUUUGGAAAAAUUCUCCAAAACUAAAAAGUCCCCCAUUGGCUAUGAGCCAUUUAUAGAUGAAUGUCUCAAGUAUAAUGAAAAAUUAGAAGCAAGAAAAUAUUUAAUGAAAAUUAAAGAUGAUCUUAAAGUGAAGUAUCUAGUAAAAUUAAAUAUGCUGAGCGAAGCAGCAAAGACAGCGUUUGAUCAAAAAGACGCUUCAGGUCUUACAUUUGUGUUGGCGCAAUGUAGUUUGACAGACAGGCAAUUAGUAGAUAAGAUCAACAUGUAUCUAGCUAGUCUUAAAAAUUAAAAUUUUUUUGUUGUGUAUUAUAACUUUUACAUGCAUUUAUAUUAUGCCAUUUGAAUUUUUUUUAUG